AUGAGACCCCAGCCUCCAUUCUUCCUGGGCUGGCUCACACAAACACAAGAAGGCUUGCAAGUAAUUAGAAAUGCUGAAGAGAAAAAUAAAACCAUGGAGGAAAAUUCAAAGAAUCAAUCCAAUGGCAAAAUCAACAGAGUUAUCAAAAGAGCUGCUGCCUGGGAAAUUUCAGAUUCUGAUGCAGACAGUGAUGUUGAAUCACAUCAAACCAGAACUGUUAUCCUGAUGCACCCAGCUGCUGAUACACUGGAUCAUGGCAUUUGUAAUCAUGCUGCACAAUAAAAGAUGAAAAACAUGAGUGUCAGUGUCAGGGAGCCUAAAGAGCUACUUUUGCGAACCUCUCUUCAGCAAGUAACUACAUCCUCUCCAAGCCCAAAUAAAAGGAGGAGAAGGAGAACUCCAGAGAAAAUAGAGGCAGGUCAGGCAAGAGCAGAACCAAGAAAACUCAAAAGGGAAAUCAAGAAGACAGAAAAAGAGAGGAGAAAAGCACAGGAGGCACUAGAAAAACAGAGACAAAGGGAAGCUGCUGAUACCUUGAAACUGCAUCAGCCAGACCAGUGUCUGAAGUACACGACUGUCUGCAUAGACCUAGGUCUACUAGAAGAUCCUGGAUCAGAUGCUUUGAUGGAAGCUUUUUGUUCCUUGGAAUGUAAAUACUACAUUGAGUCUCAGGAAGAUGGUCCUCUGGUGAAGGCUGAAGAGGAAAAUGAGGUGUUGGUGCUGGUAGAUCCGAGGGACUUUCUCAAGCAUCUCUUUUCUAUAACUCAGGCUGAACAACAGAAGGCCCUCCAGGACUUCAUCUGGGAGCAGGCCAGUGUACAGCAGCAGCUCCUGCACCAGUCAGUGAGUCCCCCUGGAGGUGAUCGCAGCCGCACACUAGGGUUGGGGCUCUAUAAGAUGGGCUCCACCAAUGACCUCGACACCUUCCUGUGUAUGUUUGAGUGGGUGGCCGCGAGCACUGGAUGGGACAAGGUGACCUGGGCCCUAAGACUGACCCCCUAUCUGGCCAGCAAGGCACAGGCUGCCUAUAUGGCCAGAAGUGACAAACAGGGCAAAGAUUACAAUGCAGUGAAAGCGGCUGUCCUAGACCAGAUGGGACUGUUGGUGGAAAAGUACAGACAGAAGUUUCGGGCAGCCUGGUGGACAGGGGGUUUGUGGCUCCGAGCUUUUGCCCAGAAGCUCACGGACUGGGCCAGGCAGUGGUUGAGGCCGGACACCCAGAUGGUGGGAGAGAUGAUGGACAGGGUGAUUCUGGAACAAUUUGUGCAAGGCCUCCCAGAAAACAUUUCUCCUCCUCCUCCGGGGCUGGUGGUGCUACAGCUCUUGUACACUGAGGUCUGGUUCCUGGACACAUGGCUUGAGUUGAGCCAGCAUGUUUCUGCGCUGACCAAGACAAUAGCAAAACGCCCAUACAAGAAACAGCUGGAGACCCAACUAUUCUCCUUCUGCACUGAUGGGGGCUGGUCCAGUGGCAUAUGUGUGGAGAAGGAUGGGAUGGGACUGCAACAGGUGUGGAAAAGACAAAUCCAACAGUUUAACAGAGUCAGCCCUGUUGCGGCAGCAGCAGCCAUAGCAGCAGCAUACCCUUCCCCAAGCCUACUGCUUCAGGCCUAUCAAUAGUGCAGCACAGAGAAGGACAGACUCCUCCUGCUGAGUGACAAUUGGGUAAAAGCAGAGGAUAGCAGGAGAGAACGACGGCUUGGACCAGACUUAUCCUGCCGAGUCUCUCUCUUCUUGACAUCCACUAAUCAAGACCUUGUUUUGGACUUAAGUGUGUAG